AUGGUGGAUGACAGUUCAAAGACCCCGGAUUCAGGGCUAGGCCAUGAAACUGAAUCCGCGCAGUCACCAACAGCGAUUAACGACAACUUGCCUAUAGAAAGCCAGAAUGCUGUAGACAGCCAUGCAGAUGAUACUUCUGAUUCAGGUCCUCUUCAAACUGGUUUAAUCCUCAUAGCUCUUGCGCUAUCCAUUUUUCUCAUAGGGCUGGACGGUACUAUUGUGGGAACAGCCAUUCCAAGCAUCACUCAGGAAUUCAAGCAGCUCAAUGAUGUGGGUUGGUAUGGCUCUGCUUAUCUUGUUACUACAUGCGGAAUGCAGCUCUUCUACGGGAGGCUGUAUACUAUCUUCCCUGUGAAGAUCUGUUUUCUUAGUUCAAUCUUCAUUUUCGAAAUCGGGUCGUUGGUUUGCGCCGUUGCACCGAACUCAGCUGCGCUUAUUAUAGGGCGUGCAAUUGCCGGCUUAGGUUCGGGGGGUGUUAUAUCAGGCGUAUUUAUAAUCCAGUCAUAUGCCAUUCCUCUUCGCUUCCGGCCCACGACUGGGGGUCUUCUGGGAGCAAUGGAGGGCAUUGCAAUGGCCGUCGCGCCGCUUAUAUCUGGUGCCCUCACCCAGCAUGUCACAUGGCGAUGGUGCUUUUAUAUAAACUUGCCUCUCGGUGGCUUCUCUUUGGGAGUGAUCAUCUUGUUCUUCCGAAACCCUAAGAAUCAAGAGCUUGCCCCAUUGACGUUUAAAGAGAAACUAUGGUCUAUGGAUUUGCUGGGGCUCUUCCUUCUCGUACCUGGCGUUAUUUGUCUGCUUCUCGCUAUGCAAUGGGGCGGAACAACAUAUGCCUGGGGCAACACGCGAAUCAUAGUGCUUCUGAUCCUCGCGGCAGCGUUGUUCAGUGCUUUCAUGUCUGUUCAGGCAUAUAAAAAGACGAAUGUGACUCUACCUCUUCGAGUUUUGAGACAGCGCUCCGUCAGUCUUAGUAUCGCGUAUGCAUUUUGCAUGGGAGGUUCUAUAUUUUUGGUGGAAUACUAUCUUCCUCUAUGGUUCCAAUCAAUUAAGAAUACAUCUCCCGGCCAUUCGGGAGUAAUGUUGUUGCCCCUUCUCAUCGCCUUGGUCCUAACGGGGGUGAUGACUGGCUUUAUCGUUACCGCCUUAGGUUACUACGCACCAUUUAUGAUUGCCGGCAGCAUAUGCAUUUCAGUCGCGGCAGGACUGAUGACAACAUUUAAAGUUACUACUAACCAUAGCAGCUGGAUUGGUUACCAAGUGUUAUUUGGCGUCGGAGUGGGCAUGGGUUUCCAACAGUCCUUUCUAGCUGUGCAAACUGUGUUACCGCAAAAGGACAUCCCAAUAGGGACGACGGCGAUCAUCUUUGCCAACAAUUUAGGCGGUGCAGUAUUUGUCUCUGUUGCUAAUAACCUCUUCACCAAUGAGCUGUCAAAAGGCUUGCAUCAACACGUCCCGGCAGUGGAUCCCGCACUUAUCCUAGAAGCCGGAGCCACAGAGUGGAGGGACAAGGUCAGUGCUACGAUUCUGAGCGAGGUUUUAACGGUAUACAAUUCCGCCGUCACACGAACAUUUUUUGUUCCUACGGCCUUAGGUUGCGCCACAGUCGUAGCAGCCCUAUUGGUAGAAUGGAAAUCUGUAAAAAAAGGUAAAGUUGCUCAGGAAGAGAAGCAUGUGUCCCCAACCGCGGGGUCUGCAGAAUUUGAGAAGAUCUGCGAUUCCAAGGCUGAUGAGACGGAAAUAUAGAUCCGGUAAGACCUAGGAACCAUUGGGUGAAAUUGCACUUGCAAGGGGAAAAGGGGAGAUCUGUUAGGGUUUAGGGUACAUAUAGAUUACAUGGUGAUUACUUCGAUUUAUCUUAACAUGUACGAGUAGAAUAGCCCUCACUCUAUUAGUUUAAAAAUCAAUAUUUCGCCGUA